AGCGUUAACGAGGCGUCCUCCGGAGCGCGGUACCUCGGCGAUAGACAGGACUUCCAAAUGCCUUGGAUGCAGGAAUCAGAAUUUUCAAAGAGGGAUAAAGCUGCCACAGUCAUUCAGAAGGCCUGGAAACGCUAUCUUAAUGUCGCUAUCUUCCAGCACUUUAAAAGACUGAUUGAUCUAAGAAGACAAGGAGAGCCACGUCAGAUAAUGAGAUACAUCAGUCCUAAGGAGGCAGAGCUGCUAGAUGCUGCCGCGGGCAUUCACGUACGAUUCAGAUUAGGUGGUGUUAAAUUUCCACCUGAUAUAUACUAUAAAAUUUUCACUCAUAGACAUAUUGAAGAUCUGUGUGCUAAUAGCCCCAGAGAUUAUACAAAACUUCCAGCAAAAUAUUCAUCUCAUAUUAAAAGUGAUAAUCUUGAGGAAGAGGAUCAUAGUGGCUGGUAUCGUCGUGUAGAGAACAAUGGCUGGAGGCCUGUCUCUGAUACAUUUUGGGUGUCUCCUGAAAAUGUAGAGGUGGGAGACAGAAAUGAAAGCGAGUUCCAUUUCUCUAAACUGAAGAGAAGGCAAGAUAUGGAAAAGAAAAGAAAAAUUAGAAAAAUAGAAUGGAUGAGGAAAAUGUACUACGCAGGAAACCUAGAGGCCAGGUCAACAAAUGCUAAAACUCUAGAUUUAAUUCACACAGCAACGAAAGGGCUAAUGAGAGCUCUCGAAAUCGGUGGAAUCGAUUCUGUGAUGGAAUGGGAGGUGGACGAAGUGCUGAACUGGACCAACGCACUCAACUUUGAUGAGUAUAUUGCCACCUGGAAGGAAAUUGCUACAAGCAACUCUUCGGCUAACUUCAAAAGUUUCCCAUUUGAGCGAGCUCGGAAACAAGGAUACGACUAUGCAGAUAUAUCAGAGGAGAAACUGGGAAUCCCAGAAGAUACUUCAGAUGGAAGUUCUGAUAAAAAUCCAAACUUUACUAGACCAACACCUGAUCUCACUUAUGACGUGUAAAGUCCUCUGCUUACCUGAGCAGUAGCCCUUCACGCCCUGACUCCGUCAGUUAUCAUCACGAGAUCGUUUACUCGCACUGGAACGACUUGUAUAUUCUUGGCACAGAACCCAACUCAAGAAAAUAAAGAAGCCUAAAGGGAAAUAGGACAUCAGACUUCAUACAAUGGUCAUGAAAAUGUAGAGAUUAUUCCUUGUAUUUGAAGAAACUGCAGUAAUCUAACAAUCGCAUAAAUAAAUAUAUUUAUGU